AUGUUCUCACUCCGGGCAGCUACGAGUGGCGCAAGAGGCCUGCGCGCCUUCUCCACAGCUCGCGCAAUGCAAGCCGAGCUGGCAUAUCAGGUAUUCGGACCGGAAAACGGCCAAGCUGUCCGAAAACCCAUCCUAAUCCUGCACGGCCUGUUUGGAUCAAAACAAAACAACAGAAGUAUUGGAAAGGCAUUGGCACGGGAUCUGAAGUGUCAGAUCUUUGCUCUGGAUUUGCGGAACCAUGGCCAAUCGUUCCAUGCGCCAGAGCACAAUUACAGUGUCAUGGCCGAAGACGUGCAGGAGUUCAUUGACCAGCAGAAACUGGACAAGUGCGUCUUGAUUGGGCACUCCAUGGGUGCCAAGGCUGCAAUGGCAGUAGCUCUCCGUUCGCCGGAGCGUGUCUCAGCACUGAUUCCUGUUGACAAUGCGCCGGUCAACGCUGCGUUGAAAAGUGACUUCCCCAAAUACGUCAGGGGCAUGCAGAAAGUGGAGGCGGAAAGGGUCUCCAAGCAAUCCGAUGCUAGCAAGAUCCUCGAAGAUUACGAAGAGUCGCUUCCUAUUCGCCAGUUUCUUCUUACGAACCUGAUCAGGUCAGAGGAAGACAAUACGUUGAAGUUCCGUGUGCCGCUUUCGGUCAUUGGUCGGUCAUUGGACAACAUGGCCGACUUCCCCUUUAAGGAAUCGCACAAUCUCCAAUACACCGGACCCACGCUCUUUGUUCGCGGUACCAAGUCCGGAUACGUGUCUGAUGAUACUGUACCGGCUAUCAAGAAAUUUUUCCCUAAUGCCAAGAUUGCAGAUGUUGAGGCUGGUCACUGGCUGAUCUCCGAGAACCCCGAAGCGUUCCGCCAAGGUAAGGUCCUUUGUUCGUUAAACGUGAGUCACGUGCUAAUACCACGUAACCAGCGGUGGUUAAGUUCUUGGAAUGAGAAAUCGUGA